CGACACAACGGAAGUGACAAUGACAGCAUAACUGAAAUUAAGAAGUUUUGACUUCCGUAUAAUACUUUUGACAGAAAUAUCAGACAGCUUGUGACUCGUCAGAAUCUUAGUGGGUUGUCAAAAUGGCCUCCUGAGGACGGCUAUUUUGGACGAAGGACUAGUAUACCAGACUAAAGUCGUCGUUGUUGUGGUUAUUGUUGUUGUUGGAAGAGUGACUGUCUGCAAAGGAAUUUCUUGGAAGAGAUCUUUCUAAUACCAUUUGGCACACGUCGAGACGGGGAAAUGCAGGAUAUGCGAGAUGCCCUCCCUGGGGCAGAUGUCAUGCCGGUCACAGGGUUGUGCAUUGUAGCUGACCCAUCUAACUGCCCUCCAGGUCAUACUCUGAUUGACAAGACCUAUGACAGACGUGAAGAUGCUGACUUAUGGAAAGACAGGUUUUUUGGAAGACGGAUCACCAGGUACAUGUGUAUGGAGAACUCUAGUCCUACUACGGAGAAGGAUAUUUUGGUAGACAUCACUGUUAUCAAUGAAAAGGAUCCCGUACCGGCUGGCUAUGCUUGUCAAGAAUAUACCCAAGACACCCGUGAGAAAGCUAUGAAGAAGAAGCAGCUGUGCCUACGGUGGAUGAACAUUUCGCUGACCCAGGAUGCUAUAUCUGAGAUCAUGUUGAUGAGCCGCGGGAGGCGCACGCCUGCCGGUUUCACACUGGUAGGAGAGCUGAACAAUUUACAGCUGUGCUUUAAAAUGGGGCAAAUAAGUCGUCCCUCUCCCACGGAGACUGUGGCUAACAGCUUGCCCCCCUCAUACAUGUCAAAACCCCCCACAUACACCAUGGAUGCUCGACUGAACGGUCCUCCAGCCACUCAGCUCCCAUAUGGCGUCACUCCUAACCAUAGCAAUACCACGUCUUCGACACUCCAAAGGUCCCCACCGGGUGACAGACAUUUGCUAAAUCCUUUAGCAGGAAUACCUUGGCAGCUCAACCCCAAGCUAACUGCAGACACUAGCUUUAGAAAUGACACAAUAACACAAAUUUCUUUUAAAUCAUAUGCGGAUAUUGAAAAUCAGUAUUCCUACAAGUUUACAACCGAGCACAGUGCAGCAGCUAGGAUGCCCCCAGAGCUUAGCUGAAACGCUGGUUGUUACAGUCAGUUCAACAACAACAGUGACAAGAACAACAACAAGUGAAUUCUGUCCAGUCAAUUUAUAGUGUACAAGCUGUAAUAUUGGAUGUAAACUUGUGGAUAUGCGUUGCAAAUGAAUAAAAAUAGAAAGUGUGACGUGCUACACAAAGGCAUGAAACCAAGCUCUCCAUCUGAUGUAUCUGUGUACAUAAACCCAUGCAAGAGUUUCCGUUUUCGAGGUAACAAAAUACUGCCUUUGAAGGGGUCAUGUCGCUUGGCAUGCUUAGAGGAGAAGAAAAUUUAAUUAUCACUCAAAUACGAUUGAAAAGAGUAUGUAUUUCUUCGCAGGUGCAUGCCAUAAAAAAAUUCUGAUAUAUACCUCAAGUUGAUAAAUUAUAGGUAAAGUCAGCGCCAAAAUCUGCUGUGGGCGACUCCAUUGUGCCAAAGAACUAGUCCUGAAGUCUUCUAUGUUAGAAGGAGAAUUGCCGUCGGAAACCGCAGAAGUGCAGUGUGUACAUUUCCGGUAGAACUCCUCUUCCCAUAAGGAAGGGAACAGUACAGUUCUUUUUCCGCUUGACCAUCGGGAAACCGGAAUGUUGGACGAAGGUUCCGAGUUUACACGAACAAGCCGGCAGUUUUAAUGACUCUCACUGGCUGAGUGGCAACACACCCCUGGCAUAAAGUACAGGGUGUUAAAGAUAAAGGAUGCGAUGGACUCCGCGAUUUAUACCAGCUUUGCCAUUUUUAGGCUUUGCGUGUAUGGCGAGGAAAAAUCGCAAAAUUAUGCAGCAGGCACCACGAGAUAGAAUGUUAUGUUUUCUAAGUUUUCUUCUCCUUUAAGGCAAAUCCGUGCAUCUUAGCAAGGGUGGGAAUGUACUAUAAUGACUCUUAUCUACAAAAGAUGACUGUGAAGAUUUCUUGACUUACCUUGCAAAUCCACGAUUAUAAACAUUUCAUGAAGUAAGCCAUGGAUUAUGGAUAAUGUUAAUCGCAGUAAAUCACCUGAAAUAUGAUUCCAUGUGAUUUUUCACCAACUAACCCACCAGGUCUACUAAGUUAGCUGCCAAAAAAAAAAAAAAAAGAAAGAAAGAAAAAGAAACCAGUUGUACUGUUAUGUCGAACUUAAUUCUUGAUUCUUUUUUCUUACCAACUGAUCACCCAAGUUGCACUAAAACAUCAAACACUAUAGAGCAAAAAAAGUCACCUUUAACAUUGUUGUAAGAUCAUAAUUGGAAAGCCACGUUUUUGUGUUCAUCGCUCUUGACCACAGUUUAAAGCCUAGGUAUGAAUUUCAAUGGUCUCUUUUGGGGCAAUAACAUUGUUUCUUGUUAAAAGAAUUCUUGAGUAAUGUCCAAUCAAAUAAAUCUAAUCCAAGAAGGCGUUUGUCUUUAUAUUGAUGGUACACUGGACAAAGUCUAGAGUAAAACUGUCUGCCAAAACAGAGCAUUAUAACUACUGCUCACAGUUGCUUUGUGGCUGUUCUGUGUGCCACUGUUUCAUCAGUACAGGCAGAUAUCAUCGUACAAUGCAGUUCAAUGCACAAAAUGAUCAAAAUGAAUGAUAAAUAAUGUUGUGUGUGUAUACAAGGUCUGAAAGUCUUAAUAGCUUUGAAGUUCUUUCUUGGGGAUGACAUUUUAUUGAGAUCAGAUGCUCAUCAUCCUGACAUCAGAUGAUAGACAGUUAAAAGUUACUGUAAAAAGUGAUAAAUUGUAACAUUGUAGAAGUUUUGCUCCAAUCAAGUUGUGACGUAAAAUUGGCUUGUAACCGUUAUUGGCAUCAAAGGGGAGACAAUUGUGAUGAGGUUUGUCUGAUUAGGAGGAGAAUUUGCCGGAACCAAUGCUGUAAAGGAAAAGACGACUGAAAACUGAAGUAUGCAUGAUGAGAACGCUCAAAUCUAUAUCCAAGAGUACUUUUACUCGCUGAUUAGUCCUGAGAUUAAUAUUGAUGGACUAUCUUAAUCCCAGGUAUAUUCUUGAGUACGGCGUAAAAAAACAAUCAAAUAAAUUUAUCCCAGGUUAUUCUUUUUAAAACUGAAUUAAAUGCAUUCAAAUGUUUGAAGUCAAAUGUUGGUUUCAUGAACCAUAUUGCAGGAUUCUAUGAUGUCACAUCACCUUUUUCCUCAUUGGUUUCACCAGCCUUGGUAAUUUUUAUGGAUGCUAUUUAUGUAUGUUUUUUUUUUACCUGUAAGUAAGAAGAGCUAUUCCAGCUGUGUUUAGAGUGGGGAGACCUUCAUGGACACCUGCUUUAUAGUUCAUAAAGUCCAGCAUCCGGUUCAAACGGUUGAAUAAUGCAUUUAAUUUAAAAGAAAAAAACAUAAAAUUGUGAAAAAAAAGGGUAAAGGUAUUUUUACGCAUGGUUUUCAAUUGUCGAUCUGAAGGAACUUUCUUUAUUUUUGGUUAUCUUGCACUUUAAUGAUUUCUAACAGUUAGUGCCAACACAUUACAUGGUAUGUAUUAUUAAUACUUAAUAAUAUCUUUUUUUUUUGCUUUCAAAAGAGAUCUUUUUGUUGAAGAAGAAAAGUUUAAAACCAACAUGAAUGCUCUAUGCGAAUAUAUGAAUAUAAACUAUUGUGGAAGACACAUGUACAUACAUCUGUACUAUCUUUUCUGCAACUGUUUGCUUGAUACCUUUGUCAUAGAAGUAGCACAUUUUUUUUUUAAAUAGUAAUUUUUUUGCCUGUUUGACCAUGAUUUAUGUACAUGUAGGUGUCAUUGAUGUAUUCAAGAAUAAGAAUAAACUUUUCUUCAUAGUGAAGAGCUUCCUGCUAUAAUAAUGGCUUUCGUGAUCUGCUGUACCCUACAAUUAUUCUACAUCUUAACAAUAUAUACAGACAAUGAUUUAGGCUUUGUAAUGUUGAUUUUAAUUCUGUGUUCUUUUCUGUUUAUGGAAAUUUUCUAGUUUGUAUAUGGCAUACAGUAUAAUAUACACUCAACAAAAGUAUAAACCCAAAAACCAAAAAUAACCUGCUAUUUCUGACCACUCUGUUUUCACGCUGCCAUAACUCCUGGAUUAUUGCCCUAAAAUGUGAAAAUCUGGUGGAAAUUGAAGCCCCAAUUGAUAAUGAAUAUUUACCCAAAUUGUUGAGUUAACAUCCUAUUUAAUACUGAGAGAAAACAAUAAAAAGUUUGCUUGAUGCGUUUAUAUUUUUGUUGAGUAUAAUAUCUGUAGUAUGUGGUAUUCAUUUAAGCUCUUUGGAGUAUUUUGGUUUUAAGAUUGAAAUGCUCUUGUUAGUGAGUAUGAUGUAUUUUAGAUUGAAGUGUAUUUCAGAGUAUGUUGAUAUUUCAGAUAUGUCAGCUAAAUAUACAUGUAGGUGUUUUUUCCAUGAUUCAUGGGUUCAAAUCUGACUUGUGACCAUUUGUUUUCUAUGUAAGUAGAUCAGCUGACUGAUACUAGCAGCCACAUAUAUGUUUCAUGUAACUAAUUAGACCUGGCACUUUGUGUUAAUUUUAAAACUUGGAAAACUAAACAUUAGAAUCUACAACAGAUCCACAUUGUGGUGUUCUUUGUUUUUUAUUUAAAGCUCUAGUCACUUUCCUGUCUGACUGUUUUAUAUGCCCUCUUCGCCUUAAACGAAAAAAUUAAAUCUUCAUGUA